GGGGGGGGGGUAAGCAGGAGGGCUCGCAGGGUAUCUCGAUCUCCGGGGGCAGUCCCCCCCCAGCUUGGGGACAAAAGAGUCCCCUACAUCCAGGCACCACUUGGGUUGGAAUUGCUGCUCGCUGGCUGUUCUGGUCCAGACUGAGGCACCCACAUAUUGUCAGGGUUUGGGCACACAAGUGUGCUGGAGGCAGCAGGCUGGGGAUCCCCAGGAGUACAGGGUGCACAGGUCCUGUGGUGAGAGUUGCACUUUGCCUCCCCGCACCCCCAACCCUGCCUGGGAAGCUUGCAUGCCUGAGGGGUGGGCAAGCGGGCUUAGUGGCUUCCAGACCCCUUCAAUAAGUCAAAUUUAAUUAAAAGCCUUAGGGUCCCUACAGUGUCCCCCCUGAAUGGUGGCCUGGACACAGCAGGGACAAAACCCCUAUUUGUAAUGGUGCCCUCAUCAAAGGCAGAGACGGUGCCUUGCAGGAUACCAGAGGGGGUGGGGGAUUCAUUACAGGCGCAGAUCUGGGACCCAGCCUUGGAAAGCCCAGGUAUCUGUCGAAACAUGAACUAUUUAAAUCUAUUAAGAAUUUCACCCAGCCUGUCUUUAUCCGGUUUUAAGUGCUUAGAUUCCAGCUCCCCGGCGUGCCGUCCGGGCUAUCAUUCAUUAUCUGAGGCUAUUCGUCUCCACAUUGUCACACUCUUUUGACCCCUAAAAUAAAGCUCUCCAUAAGCCUUUCCCCUCGUGGUCCCCUGCCUGCCCACCAGUGAUUUAUUCCACGUCUCCAUUCCCUUUGCUAGCCCUGGCUCCAGGGCUGCACUGGGGGCCUUUGUGAGUGUAAAUGGUACUGUUACAGUCAGUUGGACAUCAGCUGAGAGUUUGUCCCUGGAGCCCAAGCCCUGUGUUUAUCGCUAGGCAAGGGUUUAACAUGGGGUUGAGAGGGACUUGCCUUGGGGUUUUUUUGCUAGAAAAGGGGGGACUGAGGUAGAGCAAGCCCUGGCCAAGGCAGGGUGCUUGUUGAGGGUCUCCAUGCUCAGCGCACUUACCUCAGAGUAGCUCUGCCAUUGCAGGGCAUAUGCCCUCCUUCUGCUGUUUCUCCCUGGCUUAUUCUCAGACACACACAGCUGUCCCUUCAGCUGUCCAUGCUUUUUCUGCCCCAUCCUCGUCAAUAUCUCCAAGUUCAUGCCCUGUGCUCCAGCUUUGAGGAUGUCUGCCCAUGACUGGAGCAGGUAAAGGUGAAGCAGAACCUCAUUUGCUGUCAUUUCAGGGGCAGGCAGACAGCACCAGCCAGGGCAGGGUAUGGGGUACCGGUGCCCUUUGCCCCCAGGUGCUCAGAACUGGAUCUCACCAUGGAGUCUGGGUCCUGCUGGUGCCAUGUGUGCAUAGGCAGCAGUGACUUCAGGAGAUUAGCAGGAUUUGGCAGAGGAGGGCAAGGGGUCAAACGUGCUUUUUCUUCUUUUAAAAAAAGAAGAAGAAAAGGAACCUUUAUUUUAAGAAUAAUAACUCAGCUGCCUGAUGUACAGCGAAUGCACCGGGCAGUGGAGUGGCUUCAGGGGGAUCAGCAGCUCACACUCAGCUUCACUCUGGAGCCAGCGAGCUGGGAAAAGGUGGUGGGUGAAUGAGGCCACCAGCACUGCCAAACAGAUGUGCCAGGCUUCCUGGGACAGGGCAUAGGAGCAGUUGGGUGAUUCAUGAAGUGCUUGUCUCAGAGUGUGGUGUUUUGGCCCCUGGCUGAGAUGAUCUCAGGGAGCCCCUUCCUGUGUGGGGCAGAGCAGUCUGGGCACUCGUGACAGGAAUCUUCCCAUGUGCCUACUCCUGAUACUGGUCCCCUCUCCCAGGUCUGGGUAGCCCUGGUGUCUGUGGGUUUUGCUGUUGGGGGGCAGAGGUUCAGGGGAGCAGCUGUGUGUUGUGCCAGAGUUCCUGGAAGCCCCAGGACUAGUGGCAUUGAUAGAGCUGUUCCUUGCUGUCACUGUCACUGAUGCAUAGGGACUUUGGUGGCACACCUUUGUGCAUCACUGGGCACUUGUGGGUGCUUAGCCAAGGUGCUCAACCAUUUUCUCCUGGCCAAGAAAGAAAUGUCCUUACAACUUCCCCAUCACACCCCUGAGAACAUUAUCUGUGUGUUGGGGGGCAUACGGGGGUUACCUGUUUAAGCCAGCUUUUUCCCCCACUGAUGACCCAAUUUGUGAGAGGGCUAUAGCUGGGCUGGAUCUCAAGAGGCACAGUCCCAGCCCAGGCAAGCAGCAGGGCCUGGCCACUCACAGGUGUAACGGUGCCCAUUGGGAUCCUGGCACAUGGUUGUAUCUAUGGAAAAAGAUUUAGGUAUGGUGUACAAGCACUGACAUCCUGCUAGUGACAUUGUAGCCUGAGAAAGAGUAUCCUCAUUGUGUUAGGAUGUCCCCAGAGAGCUCACUGAAGACACAGACCAUUCCAUGGCAAAAGGGAGCAGGCUGUGGUCAGUGCCGAUGGAAGAUAAGUCACUCACGUGCUGCUGGCACCUUGAUUAGUGCCAAGCUGCAAGGAGUAGGCUCUCCUUGCUCCCAGCAGCUCUGUAAAUCCUCUUUCUUCCUCCUCCCCUAUUCUUUACACGUUUCUUGUUCAGCUCCUUGUGCAACAGUGAUUUCUCCCUGAGCAGGACAGGCAGGGACUGCCUGGGGCUCCAAGGCUGGCCCAGAGGCUGCAGAGAUACAGAGCAGGAAAACUCAGUGCCUGAGGAGCCCCAGGCAGGUUCAGGGCAGGAUUUCAGCCAAGCUGGUUUGCAGUCGGGCUGUGCUCGCAGGAGUGCAGAGGAACUCUGGGGAUGGGGGCAAGCAAAACCAGCUUCCCUGGUGCCUGUUGGCUCUCCAUGGGCAUGGCUGAGAGCACCUGGGACAUGGAGGAGAAAGCAAGGGAGAAAAUCAUCCCAGCUGAAAUGUGCUCUGCUCCAGCUGUAGGUCUGAGGGGGCCCAGAGGAGUGGACACCUGCCCUCCAUCCCCUUCCCACCCAUGCACAAGGGCAGUGCACUUCCAGCUUUUCUUCAGAGGUGCUCAGAGAGGACCUCUCCCACCACCCCUUGCUUGAGGGGGGUCCCAGUCCCAUGUCUCUCAAGCCACACAGCCUGUGUGACCACCCAGCAGUGGUCUCUCCUCUUUCCCUGCCCUGACCAGCACCCACACUGCAAGGCUAGAGCCUGUAAGGGCAGGCUGCUGGGCCGGAGGGCCCUGCCUUGGGCUGAGCCUUGUGAGUCACCCCUGGCCUUGCUGACCCACAGUUGCUACCCCACGGCGCCCAACAGGCUGGGCUGCCCAGCCUUCCCCAGCAUGUCUUCUGCCCUGGAGCAGCACCACACGGGCAGAAAUGAAUCUCCCACUGGGAGAGCCCCUGCCUGAUGCCAUCUCCCUGUGCCCUUGCUGGGGCAGCUGCUGACUUGCUGGGUUUUUUGAAGGGACAAUGUUUCUCUUUCACCCUUUGAGAUGACUACUGGCUCCAGCAUUGGGCGACUUGUUUUCUCCCACAAAGGCAGCUGAACUUUUCCCAUUGCCAUCCCUUGUCCCUGUUCCUGGUCACAUCCACUCUCCCAUGGUGACACCCAGGCUCCCUGGCCAUGCCCUACAUGCGCCCACAGCUGGAGGAUUUGUCUGGCCUUUGCGUCAGAACCUUGAGUGCUUCAAACCCCCCUUGUGCAGGAGGGUACUGGGCACACCCUGACAUCUGCUGAGGCUUUGCAGGGUCCUCCCACAACAUGUGGCACUCACAUUUGGGCAUGAACUAGCCAAACCCUUGUGCUACCCCUACUUCAGCCUCUGUCAGCACCCAGAAGAAUGAGGCAGUGACCAUGGUGGACUUCUUUCUUCUUAUCCCAGCCCUUCCAGGAUCUGGACAUGGCUUUAGGACCACCACCUCUGCAGGUGAAUGCUCCUGCCAUCCCCCCAAUACCUGCAGCACAAGUUUGGGCAGCUCCUGCUCAUGCCAGCCUGGCCUCAGCAUGACGCUGCAGCUAGCAGGUCCAUGGGUUGGUGCAAUGUCAUGCCAAAGCCUCUAUCCUUUAGGCAGCUUCCCAGCUGUUUGCAUGCCAUCCUUGCCAAGGAGAUGUAAGGAGGAGGGAGGGGAAUGGGGUCCCCCUUCUCUUCCCAACCCAUGGCAUUUCCUGCUUCCUCAGUGCCCCGGCUGCUGCUCGGCAGCCAAGCCCUGGCUGUGCCCCCCAGGGCAGUGACUUGCUGCUUACUCAGCACACCUCCAUGGGCUCCUGCUCUGGUUCCACACCCAGCUGCCCUGUUAGUGGCAGCGCUCACACAUGGCCUGGGUGAGGGGCUGAGUGCCCACCACAUGCCUGCAUGGGGUCUAGGAAAGCUGGGUGGGUGAAAAUUCAUCUGGGGGUCCCCCUUGCCCUGUUUGCACAGCUUGAAAAGAGAUGGGCUCCCUUUGGGUUUGACUGGUAGGCUGUCACGCAGUGUGACAUCAUUGUGUGGGGCGUGAGGUGGCCUGUGUCCCCAGGGGUGGAGGUUGUCCAGGGCUGUCACCCUGCAGUUCUUACCUCUCCAGGUGGGUGCAGAAUUACCUGUGGGCUCAGAGUGAUGACCUGGGUACCCUAGUACCUACAUCACCCUGCUGAAGGCUUCCAGAGGCUGGGAUAGAGACCUGUAUGCGAGGCAAGACACAGCCGUACUACCGUAAAGCAGAGUCCCCCUGCCCCACAGGAGUGCCCAGGCAGCCGUACUCAAUGAAUGCAGGCCUGUCGGAUCCCACAUGGAGCUGGCAUGGCCCAACCAUUGCUCUCCUGCAGGUGUGACUUUUAAAAGCUGACUAUCCUCCUCCCCACUGCAUAGUUCUACCAGCCUCACUGCCUUGGCUUCCUUCAAACCAGGACCUUGCUGGGUCCCCUCCAUAAUGGUCUGCUGGCAGGGGCCAGAAGUCCUGCUCCACAUCAUCCCCAUGCCCAAGGAGAAAAUGGUGACUUGGCCCAGGCUCCUUGGUCCAUGAUUUUGGCUGGGAAUGAGACUGGGACAUGCUGAAACCCUCAUGACCAUGAGUUGAGCUGUGAAAAAAUGGUGAUUGUGGCUCUUGGGAACCCCCGUCUCUGUUGCAGCAGGCGCAGCAUCCAGAGCACAGGGAUUGCAUCAGAAGCCCUGGUGACUCCUGUUUGAAGUGCGUCACUGGGACUGGGCUCAGGCUGUGGCUGUGGCAGUCUAAGGGGUGACAGCGGCAGGUGGGCAGGGGUUUGCAGCCCUUUUUCUGUGCCUCAGUCUCCCCUUUCAGCAAUGGGGGUUGUUUCCCUUACACAGGGCUGCUGGGAUAGUGGGGCUCACCAUCCCAUUGGCUUUCGGGGCAAGACAGAGCCCCCCAGCAGCCGUUCUGGCAGCCAGCAAAGGGCACCAGGGGCAGGUGGCAGGGAUGCUGCUGUGCUGCUGAGCCUGGCUGGGGGCUCCUAGGCAGGAGGCAGCAGGGGGCCGGGGUGCCCCAGGCAAGUUGUGGGGAGCCGGGCUGGCGACCCUGUUCCUUCACCAGGGCAGGGGGAGGAGUGCCCGGCAGCAGAGGUGGGGCACCUUAAUUGUAGAUGCGGGAGGCCUUGGAGCGGGACAAGCUCAGGCAGAUCUGGGCCCUGCGCCGGAGCCCUUGCCAAAGUGGUAGCAGUUUGGCAGCAUUUUUCUUGCCCUUGUCUCCCCCCAUUCUCCCCCCCCCCCCCAAACCCUCCAAAGCAAAACAGCUCUUGGGCUCCCGGCAGCCUCCCUGUGCCAGAAAGUGGAGCCCAGCGGAAAUUAAUAUCGCUUGGGACUUAGGCAGCCCACCCCACGCCUCGCCGCCAGGACAGAAAGCUGCUGCGCUCUCCCGCUAGCCUCGCUGCAGCCUGGACCAUGGGUGGGGACCCCCGCGGUGCCGGUGAGCCGCCCAUCACCCCCAGAGCCGCGGGGCUGAGCUCUCCUUCCUGGCCUGAUCCAGCGGGCUGGGGUGAGCCACAGUUCAGUAUUUGAUCUAACGGCCCCGGGGGGCUGGCGCAUCGUUUUUAUAUGAGUACAAAGAGUCGUCUCUUAAUGAAAGUCCCAUCCCGGCUCCCCCUCUUCCCCACUCCACCGACAGAGGCAGCCAAACCUCCGCCAUCCUGCUGUGGUCACAAAGGACAGCAAGCUUGGAGACCAACAUGGAGGCUCAGAUCCCUCUGUGGUCAUCACGGGAUGGGUCUGGACAGAUUUUCUGGUCACUUUCCAUGUGGGCCUCAGUUUCCCCAUCUAUGGAGGACCUGUGCCAGGCAAGCUCUGCGGUGCUUCCCCAGCUGCCCCAGCCCUUUGCAGAGGUCCAUGUGAAUCAUGCAGCAAAGGGAAACUGAGCUGCCGGGAGCAAAGAGAGAUGGGUUCUCCCCAGCAGUAGUGUGGGCUUGCCUCAGUUUCCCUGCUGGAAGUUCCCUUUCUGGGCUAUGCCUCUCUGUUGAACUGUUUAACCUUUAAACCUCCAGCCAAAGCAUAAGGGCUCCUUUUCCAGACUCUGCAAGAGGGCACAUCCUCUCCAAACCCAGCUGGGGUCUGGUAGGCAGGAGAUCCAGGCAGCUGGGGAGCUGAAUGAAUCAGGGGAAUCCUGGCAGGGCUUUGAGCUUCAAACAAGGGGCUUGGAGGGAGUUUGCACUGGGGACAGGAUUGCAAGCAGAGUACUGCAGCCUGGUGUCCCCAACACAGCCCCCCAGCUGCACAAGAGUGAAAAGGAAACCCAGAACACAGUUAAACACUGAGAUUCAGCUUGCGAUUUUUGAGCCCCUGGGGCUUGGCCAGACUAUAAAGCUCUGGGUUUGGAAGCUGUGCAGCUGAUGCUCUCCAGUGAGUGGGGCUGAAGGCAGCAUGGGCCGCCUAAGCACUGCUCCCCAGGGAAUCCCAGGGAAUGUAAGUUCUCAAUCAUCAAGCAUGUCCUGAUCCUGGGGUAUGCUGGGUCUAGCCCUGAGCUUCUGUGGGCAUCCAUGGCCGUGAAAAUCAUGUUGUUGAGCAGGAUGAGCUCUGAGCCCAUAGAAGCAGUGCUGGAGGCAGGGGUGGGCUGAGUUUAGGGUGUGCUAAAUUGGUGUGGCCCAUGGCUCCGGAGUUGCCCAUGGCAGAGCUGGAGCACGGCCUGUGCCAGCACGAGGCAGGGUGCUGCAGGCUGCGCAGCUGUGCGGGCUGUGCCAUGCAGGGCACUCCAGGCAAAAUGUGUGGGGAAAGUACAGGAGUUUCUGUAGCCCAUGGCACACUGGGGAGCACAGCAGCGUGCUCAGACUUUGCCUUCAGGGUCAGGGAGUCAGGCACCUCACACCAGCUGUGCUGGCAAGGAGUUGCUGCCUCUGACGUGGGCCCAGCCAAGACUUGCCCUCCCUCGCUGGCAUAGGCAAAGCUGGCAAUGCCACCUGCAUCCCUCCCUUGCACUCCCGCACCCGCCCGUGGCUCCAUUCCCUGGAGUCAGUGCCUGGAUUUGGGGAGGUGAGUACAGGAUCCUGGCCAGCAGCCGAGGGGCUUUAUCAGAGGCAAGGUCACUCUUCUAGUCUCCCACAGGGUAAAGCAGCGAGAACCCGUGGAGAGGGGGAGACGCACCAAGAUUGCUGGCUGGGCUCCUUGUUGUGUCCAAAGCUCUGGGAGAUGCAGCUGCAUCAGGCAUCAGUCACGUGGCAAUGCCAGGGCUGGGUUAGUGCCAGGACUGGCAAUGUCAGUGCCAGCCGCAAAGAGAAGAUGCUGAGUAGCACAAUAUUUCUGCCAUCUCCUUUGGGGACACCACCAUCACCCCCAUGGAUGUCCCCAAGGAUGUAGAGUGGUAUGUGCCAUCAUACCACUGUCCCAAGGUAGGAGAUCCCCCAAUUCCCCAGUGGAUGAACAUGGCAAGGUAUUGCCUGGGUGAGCCACCCAUACCUAUUGUCCUAUCCCCACUGCAUUUGUCUCUCUGUCACCCGGGCUCAACAUGGAGCUGGGACUGCCCUGCAGCCUUGCUCCAUCCCUGGGAGUAGGUCUGGUCACGUCCCAUCCACACCCUGGUCUCUGCUGGGUUUGGGUGCUGGUUUUGCUCUGCUCGCUGUCCCCUCCUGCAGGGCAGUGGGGAGCCCCCUGGUCAUGGACCCCAACAGCAUCUGUCGCAAGACGAAGCGGCUGGCGGGGAAGCAGGCAGAGCUGUGCCAGCUGGAGCCAGAGAUUGUGCAGGAGGUGGCCAAGGGCACCAAGCUGGGCGUACGGGAGUGCCAGUACCAAUUCCGCUUCCGCCGCUGGAACUGCACCAGCCACAGCAAGUACUUCGGCAAGAUCCUGCAGCAGGAUAUCCGUGAAACAGCCUUCGUGUACGCCAUCACGGCAGCAGGAGUGAGCCACGCCAUCACGCAGGCCUGCAGCAUGGGCGAGCUGCUGCAGUGUGGCUGUGAGCUGACACGGAGCCGGGCCCCCCCCUCACCCACCGCGGGGCCGGGCACUGAGGGCACCGCCUGGGAGUGGGGGGGUUGUGGGGAUGAUGUGCAGUUUGGCUACGAGAAGUCCCAGCAGUUCAUGGACGCCAAGAACAAGAAAGGCAAAAAUGACAUCCGAGCUCUUAUCGACCUGCACAACAAUGAAGCCGGGCGCUUGGCGGUGCGCAGCUACAUGAGGACAGAGUGCAAAUGCCACGGGCUCUCGGGAUCCUGCACGCUGCGGACCUGCUGGAGGAAGAUGCCCCAUUUCCGCGAGGUGGGGGAUCGCCUGCUCGAGCGCUUCAAUGGGGCUUUCAAGGUGAUGGGAGGCAACGACGGGAAAACCCUCAUCCCUGUGGGUGACAAUAUCAAGCCUCCCGAUAAACAGGACCUCAUCUACUCGGCCGACUCACCUGACUUCUGCUCGGCUAAUCGUAAGACGGGCUCACUGGGUACCAGGGGCCGUGUCUGCAACAGCACGGCCAUGGACACGAGCGGCUGCGACCUGCUGUGCUGCGGGAGAGGGCACCGGGACGAGACAGUGGUGCUGGAGGAGAACUGCCUUUGCCGCUUCCACUGGUGCUGCGUGGUGCAGUGCCGCAAGUGCUCCGUCCGCCAGGAGCUCAGCCUCUGCAUCUGACAGCCUGGGGUCAGGCGAGGACAAUUUGGGAGGCCACCUCCAGGCUCUCAAGGCCCCCCUGGGACAGAGACAGGUGGAGCCGGUAGCAGGGUCAGCGUGGGUGAGCUCAGCUCUGCGCUCCGGGGAGUCCUGGCUUCCCCACAGGGCAGCACGGGGUUGCCUGGCAUCCCCAUGGUCCCCGUGGCACAGAACUUCCACUAAUAAAGCUAUUUAAAGCCGUA